UAGAGUUUUAUACCUUUCAAGGGGGCGGGAUACAUAGAGGUGGAGAUGAUUUACACAAAGCAUGCAAAUGCAAUACAGGAAUCAUACCGGAAUUGUCCCAGCCAAGGUCUCAUCAGCAUAACAGUGUCAUUCAAAUGCAUAGGUGCUAAUCCAAUCAACCUGACAGUAUUGCCCAUACCUUCACAUUAUCAUAGAGACAAAGGCUUAACUGUGCCUUGAGCUUAGCAUUCAGCUUUAACUUGGGACCCUGCCCAGUGGUCAGGAAGUGCAUAAAGACAUAAGGGUAAUGUCUCAGACACCUGGGCUGCCUGACUUGAUCUUCUUAGCAUGUCAUCAUCUUUACCUCAAAAUGUGAAACAUAAUGUACAUAACUUUAACCUGGAUAUAACAUUGUAUAAAUUUGUAAUCCCACACAAACAUGCACGGUAUGUGGAAAAUACAGCGUUUUUGAACCUUAAAUCGUGUAUACACAUUGCAUUACAUCUAAAACAAACGAUAAUAUUCGUUUCAGCCGUGUCAUAUGACCCCUUUAAAUAAAUGUCAAAUACAUACAUGGGCUUAUUUCACAAAACAUGUACAGGAUGCAUUUUACCUUAAAAUGACAAGGAAAAAGAUUUUAUACAUUUAAUGACAUUUCAAUCAAUUAAGAGAAUAACUUGGGGAUUGUUUUUUCUCUGAAAUUUCUAAAUAUAAUUUCUAAUUAGAAUUCCAGAAAUCUAUUUUUUAUUUGGAGGCGAAACAUAAUUACGAGGCACGAGACACGCAUACUGUUGCUAAAGCCUCUCUGAAACACAGACAGGAAAGAUUUGCAAUUGACAUCAGCACACCUUAGCAGUUAAAAACAACCAUGACAUUGUGUGUAAUGCAUCUUACUCUUGGUGAAAUCAAAAAGAACUGAUAAUCUUACACAUAUGAAGCUUUUAACUUUAAGAAAUAGCUGCUUCUGUAGUCUCCACUUGUCCAACUGUCUGCUUGAUGUGAGAAUGAUGGGGGAGGAGAGAGGAGGACGGGGAGGGCUGGAGCCACUGCGUUACUGACAUCAGGAGGCUAAUGAUGUCAUAGUGAUGUCAAUAGCCCGGACAGUGACUACACAUUUAGAUUGUGGUUUGGGCAGCAUUACAUACUGUCAUUAGAGAGAUACGCAAGGCAAGCUUUUAGCUCACUAUACAUGGCUGUGACUGGAGAUGAGACAGAAUCAGCCCCCACUGGAGAUAUGUCGGCGUAUCAGAUUUGUUCUCCUACCUCUGGCCUUUCCCAGGAAAUGGGCAGCUCACCUGGCUCUCUGCCCAGCCCUCAGCAGGUGUCCGAGGAGGCGUUACGCAAGAGGGAAUUCCGUAUGAUGAAAAACAGGGAAGCUGCCCGGGAAUGCCGUCGGAAGAAGAAAGAAUAUGUCAAAUGUCUCGAAAACCGAGUCGCUGUUCUUGAAAAACAAAACAAGACUCUCAUUGAAGAACUCAAGGCCCUGAAAGUCCUGUACAGUCACAAAACCGAAUAGCACAAUAGAUUUAAGUUCACACAGUAGAGGUUUUGUCGUGUACAGAUUAUUUGACACAAGGUGGCAAGCAAGCUUUUCACGCAAUGUCAAGCCACCGUUCAUAACAGUCGAAUAUGGUGACAGCUGCAUGGUCGUGUCGUCUGUCAUGUUGAAGAUUGAGACGUGUGUUUGCUGGUGGCCCAAGAGUGCUCAAAACCAGUGAAUGUGGUGUGUUGCUUGUGUGCUUGUGCUUUCGCAGGGAGGCAGCCAAAGAAUGCAGGCGCAGAAAGAAGCAGUAUGUGGAGCACUUAGAGACUAGCCUCACCAUGAUGGAGAACCAAAACAAGAAGCUGACAAGAGAGCUGGAGUAUCUCAAGAAAAUGUACAUUUUAAAACCCCAUUCCUGCUAGUGGCACACCAGACUGCUGCUCUCACUGCCUUUAAUCUGUUCCGUCAUGUGCGUUUUAUAUCUUCUGUAAAACAUGAAUUUGUUGUCCAGCACAAGUCUGUCUAUGCUUAUUUCAAAAAGUAUUUUUAUAAUGAAAUUUGAUGACUUAGAAAACAAAUUACAUUAAGAGUUAUUUAGUGGCAUUUUCAACCUGAUUUAAGGUGAAGUUAUGCAGUCAUUGUUCACACACCACCAAAAUGUAUAUAUAUAUGAAUAAAUAAAAUUGUUUUACGCUGACUUGAUUUAGAACUGAUUACAAUCUCUUUGUGUUUAUGCUUGUCGAACAGGAUACAUUUUAAGUUCAGCUGUGCUGAGGAAUGAUUUACCCAAAUGU